AUGCAGACAAAUGAUGUUCUUCUCCAUUUCUCCUUCAUUCAGAGAAACUGCACAUGGAAUUACGUGAAUGGUAAUGAAACAUCAAAGAAUCUAUCAGUGAAUACAAAUGUUAAUUCAUACAGUUUUGCUGUGUCAGCAGAAAAUGAAGAAGGAUCUAGUGGAUUGAUUUGGUCGCCAUGUCUAUUCAUUUUAAAAAAACCUGAAAACCCUGUAGAGUUUAGACUUAAUGCUAAAGACAGCACUCUUAUUGUAGAAUGGGACCAUUAUAACUGCUACAUUGAGAAAGCCUAUGUUACUAAUUAUGUAGUAUCUUACUGUGUUUCUUUUAAUAAAACAAAAUGUGAAGGUAAAAUCCAAGAGAAGCAUAUAUCAAAGAAGGAAAAGAAAUACGUAAUUGAUGAUUUAUCCAAAAAUAAAUAUUUAGUAUGGGUGAAAUCUUCGACAAGUAUAGGUGAUGGUCCUGUGAUGACUCAGGAAAUCCAAGUGGAUGGAAAAACCUUUGCCAGCAGUGUCGUUUUGAGCAUUAUCGGCUCUCUAGUUAUUAUACUGAUUAUUUUGGUGGUUGUGUUUUCCUAUGUGAAACGGUCCAAAAAGUCUGUUGAUAAGAUGCCAUUUGAAUAUCCUGUAAGUUAAUUUACUUUUACUUUCCUGUACUUUUUUAUUUGCUGCUGCUGCUGCUAUAUAAUUAUAAGUUAUUUAAUCAUUACUUUGGAUUUUAAUGUCUAUGGGAGUGCAG